AUGGCGACUGCACUCAACCACGCCCCCACACCAAUUCUGAUGGCAGCUGCACUCAACCACGCCCCCACACCAACCCUGAUGGCGGCCGCACUCAACCACGCCCCCACACCAACCCAUAACAUCCUGAUGGCGGCUGCACUCAACCACACCCCCAUGCUAAUCCACAACUUCCCUGUCAUUGUCAUUACCUGUGAAGAGACCGAGACAAGCUCAUUGGUGCUUGGCAAGAAGCUUAACCUGAAGGAACUGAGGUUGGCAUCAGAGGAUCUGCUUGCUGAUUUCUUCACGCUCGAUAAGAACUCUAGUGCUGUCGCUACUUUCAUUGACCAGCGAGAUGUUCCCAAAAGUUGUCACUAUGAUCGAUGCAUCGAUCACAUCCUCCUCUUCCAUAUUUGCCUUACACUGGAUGGGCUUGAUUGGCCAUCACACAGCGCAUCCUCCCCCCAAUUGCAGCCCCAUCUGCCAUCACACAGCGCAUCCUCUGCUCAGCCGCAGCCCCACAGUACAUUUUCCCCCCAGCCCCAACCUUCUAACGGCUCUUCCAACAACAAUCCUCCUAUUGAUCCGCGUCUUCUGCAAGCUCCUCCCUCCUUUCCUCAUAACAACACUAGUAAUAACGCGCAUGCGGACAUGGACUGUUAUAUGCAUGACCCCACGGUCCGCUGA